GGGGCCGGAGCGGAGCAGAAACGCGCAACAGAUCCGCGCAGAAGAGAACAGAUCCGGAGCGCAGCGCUGAACAGAACAGCAGCAGCGCAGAUCAGGAGCGCAGCGUAAAACAGCAGCUGCGCAAAGACGCAGCGCAAAAGCGCACCAACCAAUCCACGCAGGAGCUGCAGAAAACACGAGCCAGGAACAUGCAGCCGCUCCGGCCAAACCACUGACGCACCAUCCCCGCUCCCCACGCACCGGUCCCGGUUCCGUGGCCCCCCUGCACGGUCCUGGUUCCCCUGGUCCUGGUCCCGGCUCCGCGUCCCCGGACCCGGAUCGGACCUCCGGACGCAGCUCCGUUACGAAAAGCCCGGCCGGGCUCAGCGUCUCGGCCGCCAUCGUCGCCGCCAUGGGCAGCAAGACUCUGGCGGCGCCGGUGCCGCUGCACCCGUCGCUGCAGCUAGCGGCUAACUGCUCGCUGGUGCAGAGCUCCGCGGGGCUGCAGCUGCCGGCGGCCGACCACUUCCACGGCAUCUACAGCUUCAGCGCCCUGCACGCCAUCCACCUGCACCAGUGGACGCUGGGCUACCAGCCCGCGGCGGCGGCGGCGCUGCCGCGCUGCACGCUCUCCAAGCUGCCGCCGCACUUCUCCAUGGCCUCCUUCCCCAUCUUCCCGCACCUGCUGCAGCCCAAGCUGGAGUCGCUGCCGGGCUCCAAGAGCAAGCCGCGCUUUGACUUUGCCAACCUGGCGGCGGCGGCGACGCAGGAGGACCACGUGAAGGUGGAGGACCUGAGCAUGUCGGGCGUCGCCGCGGCGGCGGCCCAGGCCUCGGCCCAGCAUCAAACCUCCGGCCUGGGCUGCCUGCUCGACGUCUCCAAGCUGGCGUCGCCGGAGAGGAAGUCCGGCCGCGGACGGCUGCCCUCCAAGACCAAGAAGGAGUUCGUCUGCAAGUUCUGCGGCCGCCACUUCACCAAGUCCUAUAACCUCCUGAUCCACGAGAGGACGCACACGGACGAGCGGCCGUACACCUGCGACAUCUGCCACAAGGCCUUCAGACGGCAGGACCACCUGCGGGACCACAGGUACAUCCACUCCAAAGAGAAACCCUUCAAGUGCCAGGAGUGUGGGAAGGGAUUCUGCCAGUCCCGGACGCUGGCGGUGCACAAGACGCUACACAUGCAGGUCAAAGAACUCAAGCCCGCCAAGGGCAAGUGACCCGGCCCGGGACCGGGAGGAGACCAGACCGGGACCCCCUGGACUUCAUCUCAGCCUCCGAGCCUCUGCGACCUCGUUGAGGUUUAACGCAAACACCGGACCUUAAACAGAACCGGCGGCGGCCGUUUUUCCUUCAGGAGCUUCAAAUCCAAAGAGACGAUUCUUUUACGCUUCGUAUUUUCUGAUCAAAGCCAUGUUAGCGACACACUUUCCCUCCUUUUUUUAAUAUCACAAUGUUAUUUUUGUACAGAUGCAUCAUAUCAAAAUGUAUUUUUGCACUUUAACCUGAUUAUUAAUUAUUGACAUAUAUCACUGGAUUUCUUAAACUUAUUUUCAAAA